AAGAUAUGGUAUAAGGAGACCUGUCCAUAGAUUAUCGUCGCAUUGGUGAUGUUAUUUUCCAGAACACUGUUCCACAGGAGUUGUAUCCAGAAUGGCAAACAAACCCAAAAGAAGAUCCAUUAUGGACCCGUUACUAUGGUGAUAGUUUAUCUGGUCUUAUAAACAAUGGUCAGCACGUUAGCAUUGAUGCCCAUAUAUUGUCCACACCUGUCAUUGCUGACUUGAAUAACGAUGGAACAGUAGAAGAAAUGGUGAUAUCUGUCAGUUAUUUUUUUGAUACUGAGUUUUACAGUUCACCAGAAAACUUGGAAAAAUUGCAGCUUUCAACUGAGGAACUUGACUAUUAUAUCGUUAGCGGAAUCGUCAUUUUCAAUCUGACAUCAAAGCAGUUGGUCAAACAGAUACCACUAGCACUCACAAAGGCCUCAUCUGAACAUGCAGCAUAUGCACUCUUCUCGCCAACACUGGUUGAUCUGGAUAGUGAAGGAGGCCCUCUAGAGAUCAUUGUUGGUAUAUUGUCAGGUCAAUUAUUUGUCAUCAACAAUGAGGGCAGUAUUAGACCGGGGUUUCCUAAAGUAUUUGGACCAAUACAUGGACAG